AUGUCGACAGUUAUUUCUUCUAGCCCCCUUGCUCUAAGACCUGAUUAUUCUGCUUUAAAAUUACAAAAUCAAAAUUUUGGAGAAAAGAAGAACAAGCCAUCUAUCACCACCACUUCCACCACCUCCCUCUCUUCUCCUAGUUCUAGUGUUUCGUUAAAUAUGUUUCAAGAACAUGACGAAGAAAUAUUAAACAAUACUGAAGGUUUAGGAAUAAAAUUAAAUUACGAUAUUAAUAUUGAAGUAAAUGGAAAAGAGGGAAAAGAUAGCAUCGAGAAUAUAAAUGACAAUGACGAUAUUGAUAAUGAUCAAAAUAUUAACAAACUCAACAAUGAAAAAACAAAAAAAAACCAAGCUCCUCAUUUUGAAUACGUCUCCUAUGACAAAGUUCAAGAUCUAUAUGAACAAAGAAAAGGUCAUUUCUAUUUCAUCCCUGAAGGUUUCGAGCCUGUCUUGGUACCAAAUGAUACAGCAGCUCAAACAGUAACAAAUCUUUUGGAAUCAACAAAACCGGUCUCAGCUACUCCAAAUGUAUCAAGAAUGCUUCCUGACACCGAUGUUCGUCUUCCUUCAUAUGCACUACCAUGUGGCGUCAAUACAAAUUCAAAGAAGGACAAUGCUAACGCAAACAAGGCCAACAGCAAACCAAAGAAAACUCCACGACCUCCGAACGCUUUUAUUCUUUACAGAAGAGCAAAACAACCAGUUAUUGUUGCUCAAAAUGCUGGAAUCUCUAAUAAUGAUGUUUCCAAAGAAAUUGGAAAAAUGUGGCAUGAAGAAUCUUUGGAAGUUAGACUCAAGUAUCAGAAGUUGGCAGAAAAGGCCAAAGAAGAGCACACAAAGAGAUUUCCUGAGUACAAAUAUAGACCUCGCCGUCCACAAGACAAGAAACGUCAUUUACAACAACCACCACCACCAGCAACUCACGUAGGGAAAGAGACUUACAAAGGACAUCAGCAAUAUCAAUUAUUAUCAACUCAAGCACAAAUAUUCUAUCAAAAUCAAAUGAACGAAAUUCCACAAAUUAAUGCAUUCUCGGCAAUUGAUAACAAUACUGAUAUUGAUCUUACUAGCAAUGAUAUUGACGGUGAUAAUAACAAUAAUCAAUUUACCGCAUAUCUUCAAAACAAUAAUAACCUGAUGGAUUUCUCGCUAUUUCAAGAACUUCAACAAAACCAUAACAUUGACUUCAAUAAUUAUAAUCUUCCCCUCACUUAUAAUCUUUUUGGAACAAAACCUGAUUAUUAA